AUGACCGAUACGCCGACUUUGAGAAUCGCCAUCAUCGGCGCCGGAAUCACCGGUCUCACAACAGCCAUCGCUCUCCGCAAACUCCCUAAUGUUGAUGUACAAAUCUAUGAACGUGCGACCGAGCUUCGAGAGCUGGGACAGGUCAUCGCACUGAACCCCAAUGGCCUGCGCACGCUUGAAAAGCUGGGCUUGUAUAAACUACUAUCCGAUGAGAUAGGUUACAAGUGUCCCAGUGGCAUACCACAGACACUGAGACACUGGAAGACGAACGAGGCGGUGGGAAGAGAACAACACACAGCACAUGUCGAAGAAAAGCAUAAGAUGGCCAGGUACUAUCGUCCCUAUCUACAAGAGGCGAUACUACAGUAUCUGCCCAGAGAAAUCAUACACCUCAAAAAGCGUGUCGUCGACGUCAAAAUCCAGAGCGAAGGUGUGGAUGUCGAGUUUGCGGAUGCUACGAUUAUACACGCAGACCUGCUCAUUGGUGCAGAUGGUAUCCAUUCAGCCGUUCGUGGGUUCUUUGUUCCGGAGUUUGAGCUGAAGUGGUCGGGUUUGAUUGCCUAUCGUUCUGCUUUUGACGUCAAACUGCUUGAUGGUGUCAAAGACGUACCGGAGGAUACAACACAAUGGUGGUCCUCUCGAGACGGUAUCCUAGGAACAAGAAUGGGCAGAGGCAAAUACGGCAUCGUAGCCUUCCACGGCGUCGAUCCUUCCAAGAACGAACACCUGCUCGAAAAGACCCAUUGGGACGAGACAACAGACACCGCCACACUCCGAGAGAUGUAUAAAGAUUUCCACCCAGUCGUGAGGGAUAUCGUUGGAGCCGCACCCAACGUACGCACCUAUCCGAACUUCUACGGCGGCUUCCUUGACACGUAUCAAUUUGGCGGUCGAGUUGUGCUUGUAGGCGAUGCAGCGCAUUCUCACGGCGGAGCAUUGGCUGCGAAUGCCUCGCUCGGCAUUGACGAUGCUUACUGCCUUUACCUAUCGUUCCUCGAGAAGGUGUCUCCUGCUGGCAGACUGGACCUUGGAGCGGCUGAGCUACAGCAGAUCUUGAGCCUGUACGUUGGUGCACGAAAGCCACAUUGCGAGAAGGUUUUGAGAAUGGUGCACGCCAUGUAUGAUGCAAACAACGAACGACUAUGGGGUCGUGGAGAAGAGCAGGAAACCGAUGAGCAGCUCAGAGAGAAGUUGAGGACAAGACCAUACGCUGAGUGGAUUCACGAACAUGAUGUGGAAGCUGCAUUCAAGGAGGCUAGAGAUCAGUCGCCACACCAGUAG